ACAAGGAACAACUGUUAAAAUGCCGCGUCCUGCUAUAUUCAUUGUUUUCUGCUCAAUAGUUUUGCUAAAAGCCGCUUAUGGCUACAAGGAGUUGCAUGGCCUGAAUGGAAAGAUGUUCCCGAAGGCCGCCACAUUUAACUUUCCCGAGUAUGCCUACAAGGAGACCAGCAAAAAUGAAAUCACAUACCAUGAAUUGGAGGUGUCCUGUGACCAUCAUGUUCAGUGCGUGAACCUCAGUCCUGUGGGCGUGGCCAAGAUUAACUGCAUCCGGAAGUGCAUUUCGCCAUCUUGUUACCAGGACAUCUACGCCUUUAAUGAGCUGGAGGAAGGCGAGAUCGAUGCGAGGCUCAACUCCUUCAAGGGCUGCGUCAUCCAGCGCAUGUAGCAGCGACCGCAGCUGUUCAAGGAGUGCUUCAUAUUUAAAUGGCUGGAAUUUACCGGAAUAACAUAUUAAUAGAUGAACUUGGAAACAAGUUACACGUGCUAAGGACACUCAUUUGAAUGAUUUAUUGCGGCAGAUAAUGACAGGAUUAUGUCUGUUUAUAGGAGAUAGAAAUAAAUUUCAAACCAAGUUAGUCUUCAUACUGUAUAGAUGUUUAAAUGAAUUGCAGACAAACAUUAAAUUAAAUAAAUUAAUAUAGAUAUAAAGAAAUAAAC